CUAUCAUCAGCAACCAACCAUAAACCAAUCCACAAUCUAUAAUGAUCUGAUCUAACACAACACCCACCUUGAACUACUGAGCUCUUAACAUUUCAUCUCUCUUUUUGGUGGACUUAAAAAGCAAGCUCACAAUUUUGGUAAACCUACAUAACAACAUUCUCAAAUGGGUAAUAGCUUGGGAAGCAAGAAAACAGCGAAAGUCAUGAACAUCAAUGGUGAGAGUUUCAAGCUGAAGACGCCUCUGAAAGCUGGUACGGUGGUUAAGGAUUUUCCCGGAUACGUUCUCUUGGAAUCCGAAGCUGUAAAACAAUUUGGGAUCAGAGCAAAGCCCUUAGAGCCACACCAAAAUUUGGAAUCCAAAAGGCUUUACUUCAUGGUGGAACUUCCAAGAACAUGGAAAGAGAGAACCCCUAGAAGGGUUCGGUCGGGAAUUCAGAUAAGUGCGAAGGAGAGGCUAGAGAAUCUAAAGUUGUCUCGUAGAUCAUUGUCUGAUCUCUCGGUAAUGAAGAAGAAUGAGGAGUUUGAUCAUGAUACAGAGAGACAAGUGAGUAGCGUGACGUUGAAGUUACCAAAGUGGAAAGUUGAGAAACUGAGGAAAGAGAGUGAGAGUGGCUCUGAUUUCUCCAACAAGAUUGCAGCACUUUGUCUCCUUAACGUACCAAGUGGUUUGAUUCAUCAGAGACAACAUUUGCUUCGUAAUGGAGGAAGAAGCUUUGGGAUUGAAGAAAAAGAAGGUGUCAAAUCACAUGAUGAGAAAAGGGUUAGAUUUCUUGAAAAGGGCAAAGCAGAAGACAUGUGAUUUCUAUUUGUUUUCCUAUAUUAUUAUUAUUAUCUUUAGUUUAGUUUAAUGAAGAUGACAGGAGCAAGUCUUUGUUUAACACUGUGAAACA